UGUAUUUUAAUUUUAAUUCUGUGCAUUUUCGUGUAUUUUUGUAAUAAAACACUUCAGUGUUUCAUAGGUUUGCCUGAUCUUGUUGGAGACCCAUACUACAUCCAAGCGUCCGCCUAUGUGCAGAGCAUUCCAAUGUACAAUCUCAGAUGCGCCGCUGAGGAAAACUGCUUGGCGAGCACUGCAUACAGUUCCAGCGUGAGAGACUACGACACGCGCAUGUUGCUGAGGUUCCCGCAGCGAGUCAAGAACCAAGGUACCUCCGACUUUCUUCCCAGCAGGCCGCGCUACAGCUGGGAAUGGCACAGCUGCCAUCAGCACUACCACAGCAUGGACGAGUUCAGUCAUUAUGACCUGCUGGAAUCCAGUUCACAGAGAAGAGUAGCAGAGGGACACAAGGCCAGUUUCUGUCUGGAGGACACGUCCUGUGACUACGGCUACUACCGACGAUAUGCCUGCACCUCCCACACUCAGGGCCUGAGUCCAGGGUGUUAUGACACUUACAAUGCCGACAUCGACUGCCAGUGGAUAGAUAUUACUGAUGUGAAACCUGGAAACUACAUCCUCAAGGUUAGUAUAAAUCCCAGUUACCAGGUGCCAGAGUCGGACUACAGUAACAAUAAUGUGCACUGCGAUGUACGUUACACCGGAAACUACGUUUAUGUUUCAGGAUGUCAUAUUUCACAGUAUUAAGAAUCUACUAAAGGAUCCUAAGGAAUAGGGAAAGAUAAUCAGAAAUGAAGUUUUUGAUGAU